AUGCCAGAGAAGAUGUAUCACCCCAGAGUGAGUCUGCUGGAAAAUUACUGCCUGUGUGCAGUGACUGUGGGCCUGGGGCAAUGCAGGAGCAGUAUAAAAGCAGGAGCUUCUCCUCACUCUCUCAUCCACUGCUCUUGCCUCCAUCUCCUUGAGAACAAGGUGAAGCUCUACCAUCCAGACAUGUCCUGCUUCAGUCCAUGCAUGCCCUGCCAGCCCUGCGGCCCAACCCCGCUGGCCAACAGCUGCAACGAGCCCUGUGUCAGGCAGUGCCAGAGCUCCACUGUCGUCAUUGAGCCCUCCCCCGUGGUGGUGACACUGCCCGGCCCCAUCCUCAGCUCCUUCCCUCAGAACACUGCUGUGGGCUCCUCCACCUCCGCUGCCGUUGGCAGCAUCCUCAGCUCCGAGGGAGUGCCCAUCAACUCCGGGGGCUUUAGCCUCUCUGGCUUGGGCCUCUCCGGCUUGGGCGGCCGCUUCUGUGGCAGGAGUUGUCUUCCCUGCUAAAGCUGCUGGUGAUGGCCCUGGGGCAGAGCCCAGGGACCCAGAAGAUGGCCUCACAUGGGGAAGGAGUCUUUGCUUGUUGCUUCCAGAGCAGCCGAUCAACUCCAUCACCUCUUGAACAAGGACUGGGCUAGGCUGGUCUCUCGCACAGCACAGCCCACACCUGCCUCUGCUAUUGUCUGCAGUGGGGCCUCCAUUCCCAUUUUUCUCUUUUGACUCAUUAAAUUUUUUCUGCAUCCCA